UUGAGUCAAUCCAAUUGGGAUCGCGGAGCACAACGGUUAUCGUCGUCCGUCAUUCCAUUCGUCCUCUCUCACUCUCUUCUACUGUGUUCAGUGUCUCUGUGUGGUGUCGUAGUCUCUCCCGCAGCAGCAGCAGCGCGCAUCUAUUUAACAGUUGCUUUGGUGGUCGAGAAAAGGAGAAUAAUAGACACAAGAAAAUCGUAUCGAUCGUAUCGAUUGGGGAGCAUAAUAAUAAUGAUAAGCAAAAAUCUGGCUUUGAGCAGAUUGCUGGCAGGUCUUCUGCUGGUAUUUGGAGCAUCAGCGUCGGCGAAUGGCAACUCAAUACCGACGAUAACGACGCCACAGGGCGUGUUUGAGACGCGGACAGACAAGGUGCCGAUCGGCCCAGUGGCGCUGCCAGCGAUGCCCGGAGGGUAUGAUGACAUUGACACCUUUGUGCCAUUCAGAAGCGACUCCCACGACCAGUUCUCGUGGCAGCUGCUGAAGACAGUGCUGCAGAACGAGACGGAAGCAAAGAAUGUGAUCAUAUCGCCGUUCUCCAUCAAGCUGGUCCUGGCCCUGCUCUCGGAGGCUGCCGGCGCCGAUACCCAGACGCUGCGGGAGCUGGCCAACACCCAAACGGAUAUCAGGUCGCAGAACAAUGUGCGCGAAUUCUACCGCAAGACGCUCAACUCGUUCAAGAAGGAGAACCAGCUCCACGAUACUCUCAGCGUGCGCACCAAGCUCUUCACCGACAGCUUCAUCGAAACGCAACAGAAGUUCACGGCCACCCUAAAGCACUUCUAUGACAGCGAGGUCGAGGCCUUGGACUUCAGCAACGCCCAGGCGGCGGCCGACGCCAUCAACGAGUGGGCCAGCAACAUCACACAGGGCCGGCUCAGCCAGCUGGUGAGUCCGGACAAUGUGCGGAGCACCGUGAUGCUGCUCACCAAUCUGAUCUACUUCAAUGGACUGUGGCGCCGGCAGUUUGCCAGCACCUACCAGGGCGCCUUCUUCCGUAACCAGAAGGAGCAGUCGCGCGUGGAGUACAUGGAGCAGACGGACUUUUUCUACUACCACAACUCUGAGAAGCUGAAGGCCCAAAUCCUCCGACUACCCUACAAGGGAAAGAACUCCAUGUUUGUGCUGCUGCCCUACGCACUCGAUGGCAUCCACGAGCUGGUCCAUACGCUGGAAAACGAUGAGUUGAAGGGCGCCCAGUGGGCCAUGGAGGAGGUCAAAGUGAAGGUGACGCUGCCCAAGUUCCACUUUGACUACCAGCAAGACUUCAAAGAGACUCUCAAGAGUCUGGGCGUGCGAGAGAUCUUCGAGGAUAGCGCCUCACUGCCAGGACUGACGCGUGGAGCCGAUGUGGCCGGGAAGGUGAAGGUCUCCAACAUCCUGCAAAAGGCCGGCAUAAAUGUGAACGAAAAAGGUACCGAGGCUUAUGCAGCCACCGUUGUGGAGAUCGAGAACAAGUUCGGGGGCAGCACAACCAUCGAGGAGUUCAAUGUGAAUCGUCCCUUUGUGUUCUUCAUCGAGGAAGAGUCCACUGGGAAUAUACUGUUUGCCGGAAAGGUUCACAAGCCCCAGGCCUAGGCCUAAGCCACACACUCGCCGCGGUGUUUAAUCUUGUAAUAUGCAAUAAACAACUAAGAAUCGAAACACAUAAAUUUGCUCUUGACAUGGUUUCACACACAGCCCCAGUAAUCGUGCGUGGCGGCGAUUCCACCUCUCCAUAGUCAUUCCAUUCCGUUUGGUUCGCUGAUAAAGCCAAAGGCACACUCUGGCACUGUCGAUAAUGUUUUUUUUUCUUAUAUACGACUCUACUUUGACGGCAAGCAGGCAGGCAUGCCUUGAACAAUUGAAAGCGAGCGAUGUCGAUGCAAAAUACCUCAAGAUCUAGCUUUGGGAAUGUCCCAAGUACGUAACGUUUAACGAUCUCCUCUAUUGGUAAAUCAAUUUGUAAAGUUAACGCUCAUCUUAUGCACAAACACGACUCAUGACUCACGGGAAUGAGGCGUUCUACACAGGGGCUUAGACAAAUCGGAAAGUUUGUUCAGCAAAUUAAGAUCUGUGCACAAAUAAAGAAGUGUCCACAGCCCUAUCGAAA